AUGCAGACUUUCAUCCGUUCGCACCUUUUCACCCACGCCCUCCCCAUUCAUCAAGCUUUCCUCUCCCCACUCUCUCCUACCCCCUUUCGCGCUUCCGUUUCCCCUUUCUCCACCACUUCAUUGCUCCUAUUCUUUCCAUUCCUCCUUGACAACCCUCAACGGUAUCCAUUCCAAGACUUUCUUCCCCAAACUCAGCUCCCAAGCUUUGCCCCCUCGCUCACCCCCCUUCCCCACCAUCCCCACUCCCCACCUCCCUCCCCACCCCCCUGCCCAUCCCCGUCCGCUCCAGUCGCCACCGAGUCGCCUCCGCCCUGUUCGCCGCUUCUCACGGCGGUCAAGAUCGCCGUGUUCACCGAAGACGACUUCGCGCUGCGGCUGCAGUACUCCCCGCAAUCCACGGUCAUCCUGGAGCUCCAAUCCGAUCUCGCCUUAACGCGCGGGCUGCUCUUCAACGCCUCCUACGCCUGCACCAUCCUGCGCUCCGCGCGCGCGCCGCCCAACGGCGCGACGCUCUCGCUCGCGAGCACGGACGAGCCGCUGCUGCGCAUCUGGAACACGAGCAACGUGCUCGUGCACGGGAUCAGCUUCCAACAGCCGUACACGGCCGCGUCGGCUCCCUGCGCGAACAUUCCGAGCAUCGGCGCGGGAAUCAUCUGCCCGACGGUGUCGAUCUACGGCUGUCAUCACGUGCAGGUGGUGAAGGGCACGCUGUUCGGGCGCAUCGACGUGUUCCGCAGCGUCGUGUCGCGCAUCGACAGCAUGAAGGUGACGGGCGUCUCGGAUUUCGACUUGAAUAACGGCGUGAUUCGCGUGGCGUAUUGCGGGAACUUUGUGGAAGAUGUGAUUAUGAAGAACGUAACGGGCAUGACGGGGUGGUUCACGUGCCUCACGCCCACACUCAACAACUGCGCCAUCCGCCCGGGCACCUACUGGGAGUCCAUGCGCCGCAAGUACUACGACACACCGCUCUGGAACAAUCUCUGGCCCUGGAUGAAGGACAUCUGUCUGGAUCAGACCAUCAGCGGCAACCCCUGCAACACCGCCAACACUCUCUCCGCCGCCCAAACCGGUUCAUGCAGCGGGCUGCCCUCGGACAAUUUCCUCGACCUCGUACUCAUUAACAACAAGCGCAAUACUUGGUUUAAGUACUGCGAGAACCUCACCACUGUAGCCAAGUUCAACUACUGGAAGGUGACAAACGUUACCGACGGCAAGUCGCUCGGAUUCGUGAACUUUGCAAACGAUGACCUGGCGGUGACUGAGAGCUCCCCAUUGGUCGUCAAGAAGCCCAAGUUCAAGAGCUGCUCGAGGGGGAAGGUGGGACCGCGGAGAGUGCUGGACGUGUUUUACUACAGCAAUUUCAACCAACCGGAGCCCGACAUGUACGUGCUGGUGCAGCGAAUGGGUACGAAGCACAUUCAAGACAAUACCAGAUGGAGUAGUACUCCUUGA